AUGCGUGGUUCUCUUUUAUGGACUGCCGUGGCUGGCAUGUUGGCCACGGCCUCAUCAGCAGCCGUUCCUUCGCAUUCAUCCGAUCCACUUCAAAAGGGAGAUACCUGUACCGGACCAAUUGCUUCGCCCCCCACAUCAUACUGGCUUUUAGACCAAGAUCACACGGGCAACGCUCGCGGAUAUGCCCCUGGAGUGUCAAAUCCCAAUUAUCCUGUCUGGCGGAAUGUGAAAGACUACUCUGCAUCAGCAGAUGGAUCUGGCGAUCAGACGAGCAGCCUACAAAAUGCCAUCAAUGAUGAUGGAUCAAAUGGUAGCCGUGAGAGUCAAGGCGUUACCCGAUACGCGGCUGAAGUGUUCCUACCUGGAGGAACUUACCAGCUGAAAAGCACUUUGAAUCUGCGUGUGGGCACCGUCAUUACCGGUGAUCCUUUGAACCCACCUGUGCUCAAGGCAUCAUCGGAUUUCAAUGGUGAUAUGGUGAUCAACGGGUUUGACAACAAGAAUGGUCAGCCAGAGACCAGCUUCAUGACGCUCAUGCGUAAUGUGGUGAUUGAUACUACAGCUCUCAGUGCGGAUACCAAGAUCGCGGCGCUGCAAUGGGGUGUUGCGCAAGGCUCUGGUCUGACUAAUGUGAAGAUCAAUAUGCCUACUAGCUCCACUGGACAUAUCGGUAUCGCGAUUGGCGGAGGAUCGACUAUUGCUGUGACUGAUGUGGAGAUCACCGGUGGUGCUGUUGGCAUCAAGAACUCCAACCAGCAGGUCAAUUUCAAGAACAUUUAUUUCAAGGAGUGCACGACUGGUUUUGAGGCCAGCGGUGGGCACACGGCAUUGUUACAGGGUGCAACCUUUGAUACCGUUGGCCUGGGCAUUGAUAUGAGCAGCAAUGGACUGGGAAGUUUGGUCUUGCUGGAUUCCAAGUCGACCAACUCAGGCACCGUGGUGAAGUUCCAUGAUUCUUCCAACGAUGGCGGCAAGCGUAACAGCCAGCUCCUCAUCCAAAAUCUCGUUCACGAUACUACCAAUCCGAUUGCCGUUGAUAGAAAUAACAUUGUGAAGCUACCAGCCACCGACAAGAUCGAUACCUGGGCCUGGGGCAACAUCACCCCCGGUCAAUACGAAACAGGCACUAAUUUCACCACCAGUCGGCCAGACGUGCUGUUAUCAAACAACAAAUACUUUAUGCGCAAACAACCUACCUACGCUGAGUACGCCUCGGACCAGGUCGUCAAUGUUAAAGCCGUGGAUGGCCACCCGGUCAAGGGAGACGGUUCGACAGACGAUGUUGCUUCUCUGAAUGCCAUUCUUGCAGAUAACGCGGCCAAUUGCAAAGUCACAUAUUUCCCUUACGGUGUGUAUAUCGUCAAAGAUACACUCAAGAUCCCGGUAGGCUCGCGUAUUGCAGGUGAAGCCUGGGCCGUCAUCUCUGGUGCUGGCGACGCAUUCAAAGACGCCUCGAACCCGAAGGCAGUUGUACAAGUGGGACAGCCAGAUGAUACCGGAGUUAUCGAGAUUCAAAACAUGCGGUUCAGCGUCAGCGAAAUUCUUUCUGGGGCUAUCAUUCUUGAGGUCAAUGCCGCUGGAACAAAUCCCGGAGAUGUCGCCUUGUGGAACACCAUGGUGACUGUCGGUGGCACUGUCGAGACCAGCAUCAAGGAUAACUGCGACAAUCAGGACACUUCACAGUGUAUGGCGGCAUACAUGAUGAUGCAUUUGACGAAAUCUUCGUCGGCAUAUGUUGAGAACUUCUGGGGUUGGACAGCUGAUCACAACCUCGACGGCGGAACUGGCGUGACAAUCAUCUCGACCGGCCGCGGAGUCCUGGUGGAAGCAACCAAAGGCACCUGGCUGACAGGCACUGGAUCUGAACACAAUUGGCUAUACAACUACAACUUUCACUCCGCACAGAAUGUCUACGCCGGUCUUCUGCAGACUGAGAGCCCUUACAUGCAGGGCAAUGAUGCUACGAAGACUGCCCCAGCACCCUGGACAGCAGAGUCAUCUAUCGGAGACCCUGAUUUUUCCUGGUGUGACGCCAACGACCAGAAAUGCCGCACAUCGCUAGCUACCAACGUCGAUGGCGGUAAAGAUGUGCUGCUUUAUAACAGUGCUGCGUGGGCUUUCUUCGAUGGAGAAUGGAAUGGAGAUUACGGCACGCAGUGUGAUGGUUCCUGCCAGACAAAUAUGAUGCGUGUUGCUAAUAGCCCCGAGAAUUUGGCUUGGUAUUCUGUCAGCACAAGGAAGGCGGAUGUGAUGAUUUUGGAUGGCCAAUCAAACCCUACUGAGUACAACCAUCCCGGUGGUUGGGAGGCAAUUAUCCAGGCUUACAGGCAGUUCUCCUCUUAG